UUGGGAGUUGCUUGGAGGUUGGCGGCGCGGGGCUGAAGGCUAGCAAAUCGAGCGAUCAUGUCGCACAAACAAAUUUACUAUUCGGACAAAUACGACGACGAGGAGUUUGAGUAUCGACAUGUCAUGCUACCCAAGGACAUAGCCAAGCUGGUCCCUAAAACCCAUUUGAUGUCUGAAUCUGAAUGGAGGAAUCUUGGCGUUCAGCAGAGUCAGGGAUGGGUCCAUUAUAUGAUCCAUGAACCAGAACCUCACAUCUUGCUGUUCCGGCGCCCACUACCCAAGAAGCCAAAGAAAUGAAGCUGGCAAGCUACUUUUCAGCCUCAAGCUUUACACAGCUGCCCUUACUUCCUAACAUCUUUCUGAUAACAUUAUUAUGUUGCCUUCCUGUUUCUCACUUUGAUAUUUAAAAGAUGUUCAAUACACUGUUUGAAUGUGCUGGUAACUGCUUUGCUUCUUGAGUAGAGCCACCACCACCAUAGCCCAGCCAGAUGAGUGCUCUGUGGACCCACAGCCUCAGCUGAGUGUGACCCCAGAAGCCAUGAUGUGCUCUGUAUCCGGAACACACUUGGCAGAUAAAGGAAGCUUCUGAGUUUGAGACCAUGGCCGUUACAGGGAUCAUGUAAACUUCCUGUUUUUGUUUUUUCCUCCCGGGUGUUGUAUGUAUGGUGACUUGUGGAUUUAUGUUUCAUUGUACUGGAAACUUUCCAUUUUAUUCAAGAAAUCUCUUCAUGUUAAAAGCCUUGAUUAAAGAGGAAGUUUUUAUAAUCAAAAAAAAAAAAAAAA